CAGCAGCACAGCAGAGCCGCAGCAGCAAGCAGAGACAGACAAGGCUGCCAGCCAAUCCUGCUCAUCGCUGACUGCACUCCUCCCCGACACCAUCAAUCCUUCCUCCUCUCACACCACGGCUGCCCGCCCAUGGCGGCGUUGCGGCUUGCGGCACCUCGACACUGCGAUCGCCAGCAAACAUAUGGCGGCAUCGGCGAUGAUAAUAACGACAAAAUAGUCCUGACGGCCUAGUCUGCUGCGCAGCAAACGGGCGAAGCCAAAAAAAGAAAAAUGUCGGUCGCGCCGCAGUCGUACCAGCUCUCCGACUACCUGGAGAAGCUGCCCGGCACCACUUUCCGCAAGCUCUACCAGCAGCCGUCAACUGCCUUUGCCAUCUUCCGCCGCAUGCUGCCGCCCUUGGCCAAGAUCUUUGUCCAGGCGCUCCUCUACAUGCCGUCGCCCCUGCUGCUCUCCGAGCUCGAUGUCUGGGUGCGUCCCGAGGCCAAGAUGCACCGCGACCGUGCCCUUUCGAUUCUGCGCUCUCUGCACAUUGUCCAGAUCUCCCCGCCCGGCAAGGACAAGCCGCAGGAGAUACAGCUCACGACAAAUUUCAAGAACAGUCUGCGCCUGGCCCUCGAGGGUGGCGGGACACACAACAGCUUCGGCGUGCCGAGCACCCUGCCCGUCGACCCCCGGAUCGACAUCGCCCACCUCGACCAGUACGCCCGCAAGAAAUGGGAGGACAUCCUGCACUACGUCGUGAAUAGCGUGCCCGUGCAUGCCGAGGGAGGAGGCGGGGGCGGCUCGGGCGGCGGCCCCAAAGCCAGCGUCAAGGACUUACUGCUAGCAGGACGUCUGGUCGAGCGAAGACCCGACACAAGAGGCGGCGUCGCCAUCACCCAGGCGGGCUUCACCUUCUUGCUCCAGGAAGCCAACGCCCAGGUCUGGACGCUGCUCCUCCUCUGGCUCGAAGCCGCAGACCACUCCAAGGCAGCAGCAGCAGCAGCAGGGGACCACGCCAAAGGGGCGGCGAGCCAGGGAAAGCCCGACAGCAUCGACAUGCUCUCGUUCCUAUUCAUGCUCGCCUCGCUCGAGCUAGGCCGCGCCUACGACACCGACUCGCUCACCGAGACGCGGCGCAACAUGCUCCCGGCGCUCGUCGACUUCGGCCUGAUCUACAUCCCGCGCGAAGACACGCGCCAGUACUUCCCGACGCGCCUCGCCACGACGCUGACGAGCUCCGCCUCGGCCCUGCGCUCCGUCUCGUCGGGCUUCUCCGCCGCCGCCGCCAACAACCCGGGCGACGCGGCCAGCCUCGGCAUGACGCCCGACACGACGCCGACCAAGGGCUCCCUCAUCAUCGAGACCAACUACCGGCUGUACGCCUACACGUCGUCGCCGCUGCAGAUCGCCGUGCUGGCCCUGUUCACGCAGCUCAACAUGCGCUUCGCGGGCAUGGUCACGGGCCGGCUGACGCGCGACUCGAUCCGCCGCGCCAUCAGCUUCGGCAUCACCGCCGACCAGAUCAUCAGCUACCUGGCCUCGCACGCGCACGAGCAGAUGACCCGCGCGGCCGCCGCCGCGGGGCGGCCCGUGCUGCCGCCCACUGUCGUCGACCAGAUCCGCCUGUGGCAGCUCGAGAACGAGCGGAUGCGCACCACCGCCGGCUUCCUGUUCAAGGACUUCGACUCGCCCGAGGAGUACGUCUCGCUGAGCGGCUACGCCGAGGAGAUCGGCGUGCUGGUGUGGAAGAGCGACCGGAAGCGCGUCUUCUUCGCCAGCAAGUUCGAGCAGCUGCGGGACUACCUCAAGAGUCGGAAGAAGGCCGAGUGAGCCUUGUUUUGUUUGUUUGUUUGUUGUUGUUGGCUUCCAAGCAGGGGCAUUAUCGGCUGGGACACGAGGGCUAAGGCGUGGGGGGUUCAUU